GGUCGUGUAACUUCAAGUGAUCACUUUGAAGUUUGAACAAUGAAAAGGUGGAAGUUUUGUAAUGGAUCAAAAUACAUGAUAGACCAAUUUCAUAGAGUAGCUUACCACACUGGUAUGAAAUGGGUUAACCACGGCACAAAAGGUUUGCACUAGAUGUAUUAAUACGUUGAUUUACUGCAGACUACCCGGAAGUUUGAAGCUAAAUCUACAAAAUCGAACUUCAGUCAUUUGGCACCCUUCAUUUGUUUUCUCCAAUGUCAGCUUUCCUCAACUAACUGUCCCCAGCAUCUGCAUCUCAAUCUGAAUUUGUUCAUUUACCAAACUCAAUUUGUACUUGAAAAGGAUUUAAGAUUUAGCUUAAAAUCACCAAUUGGAGCCACGAAGUUGAAGUGGAAUGUAUGCUGACAUUAUCUUCUUUCAGAGUCAAUCUAUUCAAACAAGUAAUGAGAGCUCUCUAGUCCUCUGACUCGGUGGCCUAAUACACAAGCAGCAAUUAUAGCACUAGAAUAUAUUAAAUGUCAACUUCCCCCGCCCCCAUCUCUUCUCUAUUAUGCUUCCAUGUCACCAUAUGUGCAUGUGUGUUUCACCUUCUAACAUUUUUUGAUCGCAUGCCCUACCAAUAUAGGAAAAUCUUCCAUGAAUCUAGCACCAUCCUAAUAAAUGGCCCUAUGUAUGGCUACCAAUUUAUAUAUGUCCAGUUGAUUAUCUACCAUCAUGGUGCAAAUGUAACCACUUUAAGAAAAGGAUAAAGAGUUUCCACAGUCCCUCCACAAAUCAUAACCCCCAUUGAAUUCUCCUUCAAAAAUAUCAUUUUCCACCUUCCCAUCCAACCAAAUUUCUCUCUUUGAUCUCCAAUGACUGUGCAACACUCUUAAAAUGUUUUUUUUUAAGUCUUCAACUAUUGCCUAGUUCUUGCUCUGAAUCACAAUGAGAGUAGAAGAGAAGAAAAUUAUUGUCAGGCUCUUUCAGUUUACCAGUAUGGUCUUCAUCAAAACCAUUUUCUUUCUUCUAUUACAGCAUUUUGUUGUUACAUCUUGUAAUGCAGUUAUAGGUCAUCACCACAAUCCUCAUCACUCUUUGCUUAGAGAUAAGGCUGCUCUUCUACAGUUCAAGAAGGCCAUUACAUAUGAUCCAAAUUCCACUCUAGCUAAUUGGAAUGAAGCUACUGAUGUUUGCAACUACACCGGUGUUGGGUGCAACAAAAAGCAUCAUCGUGUAACUAUACUCCUUCUGCAUAAUCGUAAACUUGUAGGGCAGCUUUCACCUAUCAUUUCAAAUCUAACCCGCCUUCGUUACUUGGAGCUUGUAGGCAAUCACUUUUAUGGAACUAUCCCUCCUGAACUUUCCUUACUCAGACACCUACAUCAUCUACGGAUUGAGGGGAACAACUUUCGUGGUUCUAUACCAGAUUCCUUAGUCCUUCCUUCACAACUCACAGUUGUUACUCUUUUGCAAAACAAUUUCUCUGGUGCAGUUCCACCUGCUCUCUUCUCCAACUGCUCUCUGUUAAGGGUGUUCGACCUUUCCAACAACUUUCUUUCAGGGAAAAUUCCAAGAGAAAUUGGAAAUUGUCCAAACCUAUGGACCCUCAAUUUAUACAACAAUCAAUUCACUGGAGAAAUUCCUCUCUCUUUGACUAAUACCUCACUGGUCAAUUUAGAUGUUGAGUUCAAUCAUCUUUCAGGUGAAUUGCCCGUCAAACUUGUGGAAAACUUGCCUGAUAUUCUCUAUCUUCACUUAUCAAAUAAUAAUAUGGUAAGCCAUGAUGGAAACACCAAUCUCGAUCCAUUCUUCACUGCCCUUGCAAAUUGCAUUAGUCUAGAGGAGCUUGAACUGGCGAGUAUGGGACUUGGAGGAAUAUUACCUAGUUCCAUUGGCGGACUUGGUGUCAACUUUACAUACCUGUUGCUGCAAGAAAACAAGAUCAUUGGAUCAGUUCCUUCAAAUAUAGGUAAUUUAUCCAAGCUUGUGGUCCUGAAUUUGACCUCCAAUCUUAUGAAUGGAACAAUUUCAGCAAACAUAAGUCAGUUGUCACACUUGGAACAGCUUUUCUUAUCUCACAACUUUUUCACCAGCACGAUACCAGAAGCACUUGGCCAUCUUCCUCAUCUUGGUCUGCUUGAUCUGUCUCAUAAUUCGUUCUUCGGGGAUAUCCCAAGCGGUCUAGGAAAUUUGGCCAUGCUGAAUUAUCUGUUCCUCAACAACAACCUCCUAUCUGGAACCAUUCCUCCAUCAUUAGGACGCUGCACAGAACUGUACAAGCUUGACUUAUCAUUCAACAGAUUGGCAGGGGCCAUCCCCCCGGAAUUAUCAGGUUUGAAUGAGAUCAGAAUUUUCAUAAACCUCUCACACAAUCACCUUGAAGGGUCCAUACCGAUUGAGCUCAGCAAGCUAGAAGAUGUUCAAGAGAUGGAUCUCUCAUCAAAUAACCUAAGCGGGAGUAUCUUUCCACAGAUAUCAAGCUGUAUCGCACUGACGCUCAUAAACUUCUCACACAAUGCUUUGGAAGGGAGCCUUCCGGAUUUCAUAGGUGAGCUAAAGAACCUUGUGUCUCUUGAUGUUUCAGAUAACCACUUGUCAGGAAGGAUUCCCCUAAGCCUCAACAAGAGUCUAACACUCACAUAUCUAAAUCUUUCAUUUAAUGACUUCAAAGGAAUGGUUCCUUCUGGUGGCAUCUUUGAAUCAGUGUCAUAUACCUCUUUCUUAGGCAAUAAACAUCUUUGUGGUAAAGUUGCUGCGAAACAUGUUUGCCCUCGGACAAAGCAUUUGUUUCGCUCCCGCAUAUUCAUAAUCAUGUUUGUCAUAGUCAUAUUCAUUUCAACAUCCUUAUCAAUCAUAUGCUGUGUGAUUGCAUUCCGCCGCAUUAAGGUGCUGAUUUCAUCCCAGAGGGCUGCAACCGUAAAGAAACCAACACAACCUGAAGUGAUUCAGAAUUUCCCAAGAGUUACAUACCGAGAUCUGUCAGAGGCCACCGGUGGAUUUGAUGAUCAGAGACUGAUUGGCACGGGGAGCUAUGGACGUGUCUACAGGGGAGUCCUUCCAGAUGGGACAACCAUAGCAGUCAAGGUGUUACAUUUACAAUCUGGAAAUUCAACAAAAAGUUUUAACAGAGAAUGCCAAGUCUUAAGGAGAAUUAGGCACAGGAACCUUAUAAGGAUCAUAACAGCUUGCAGCCUACCUGAUUUCAAGGCUAUUGUUCUUCCUUAUAUGGCAAAUGGUAGCUUGGAUAGCCGUCUCUAUCCACAUUCACAAGCCGGUCUAGGUUCAGGCUCUUCUGAUCUGAGUCUCAUUCAGAGGGUCAAUAUUUGUAGCGACAUCGCGGAAGGGAUGGCCUAUCUUCAUCAUUACUCUCCGGUCAGAGUUAUACACUGUGACCUGAAACCAAGCAAUGUUCUUCUCAACGAUGGCAUGACUGCUUUAGUUUCUGAUUUUGGGAUUGCAAGAUUAGUGAUAGCCGGAGGAGGAGUGGGAAAUGCAGGUCUUGAGAACAUGGGAAACUCUACUGCAAGUUUAUUAUGUGGAUCUAUUGGAUACAUAGCACCAGAGUAUGGGUUUGGAUCGAACACAUCUACAAAAGGCGAUGUUUACAGCUUCGGUGUUCUUGUUCUCGAGAUGGUGACAAGAAAAAGGCCGACAGAUGACAUGUUUGUUGGGGGACUAAGCCUGCACAGCUGGGUAAAGAACCAUUAUCAUGGAAGGGUUGACAAAGUGCUCGACUCUUCCUUGGUGAGAGCUUCUAGAGAUCAGCCACCUGAGAUGAAAAAAAUGUGGGAUGUUGCCAUAGGAGAAAUGAUAGAGUUGGGUAUUCUCUGCACUCAGGAGUCCCCUUCCACUAGGCCUACAAUGCUCGAUGCUGCAGAUGAUUUGGAUCGGCUGAAGAGAUAUCUUGGUGGGGAUACUACUGCAACAUUUGCCUCUUCAUUAGGAAUUUCUUCGUCUACCCUAGAUGACGACUAGCAUCUACCCUGUAACUUCUGUAGAAAAAUUGAGAUGCUGUUGUCAUUUACUUUUAUCAUGGAUUUGAACUUACGACGACUGAGUGAUAUUGUCUUGCAAACUGCAUAAGAUCUCUUCAAUUCUUGACUGUAAAGGACAAGAACAAGUGGCUAGUUGGAUUUGAAAGUGGUGUCGUCACUAGACAAACAUAGCUGAAUUAUGUCAGUCCAAUUAGCAUCUCGUAUGAAACAAGUCAGCAUUCAUCAUAGGUGAUGAUUAGUACAAGAUUCUGAUAAAACAGA